AUGAAAUUUAUAAUAAAAUUCAUUUACUUCGUUGCCCUUACAUGGUCGUAUUUUACUCUGACAACGGGUGCUAAGUUACUCUCCGAAGACCCACAAUUUCUAACGAUUUGCAAACGUUCCGAUCCUGCUUUUGGUAAAUGUUUUGCCCAGAAUCUUGAAACUGCAUUUCAUGAAUGGAAAUCAGGCGUUCCUGGUCUUAAAUCAAUCCGCUCGCUGGAUCCCCUUAAUUUUAAACGUGUCACAAUUCGGCAAGGAAAUCAAGCCGGUCCCAUUUCAAUAAACAUGGAAUUGUUAAAUGCUGCUCUAACCGGUAUAGGUGGAACCAUAAUUGAAGAUGUUGGAUCGAAUGGCAAAAAUAUGGACAUAAAAUUGAAAAUAACAGUACCCUCAUUUAAGCUGACCGGUGAUUAUACCUUGAAGGGUAAUAUUUUGAGUUUAGCUUUGAACAGUCAGGGUAAAACCCUAAUGACAUUUGAAAAAGCUGUUCUUUUGCUUCACAUGCAAAUGAAAUUGCGUGAACGUGAUGGUUAUGAAUUUGCCGAAGUGGAUAAAUUCCAUUUGGACUGGAUCGAUAAUGGUGACAUUCACUUUCAAUUUGAUAAUCUCUUUAAUGGUGAUAAGUCUCUGGAGGAUGGUGCUCAUGCAUUGUUAAAUGCAAAUUCGCGUACCAUUUUUGAUGUUCUACAGCCAGCCUUAACUCAAACGAAUCAAAUACUUGUCAAAGAUAUUGUAACGAAAAUAUUUGCCUAUGUACCGUCUAAAUAUUUGUUGGAAUAA